AUGAGAGCCUCACCGACAGAAACUAAAAACCGGGUAGGAUUCAUUGAUGGAUCUAUUACUCAACCAACCCCAGAAUCACCAAAUUUGAAGCCAUGGCAACAAAGUGAUGCUAUUAUAAAGGGGUGGCUCACAACAACCAUGGAGAAAGACAUCCAGAACAGCGUAAAGUAUGCUAAUACUGCGAAAGAAAUUUGGGACGAACUUGAAGAGCGAUUUGGAAAAAAAAGUGCUCCUCGAGCAUAUGAAUUGAAGCGGACCUUGACUGGUCUAAGACAAGAAAAGGCCUCUGUUUCAACCUACUACACCAAGAUGAAAGGGAUAUGGGAUGAAAUUCAAUCGGUUUCGCCCGUUCCUAAAUGUACUUGUGGCAAGUGUACCUGUGAUCUAGGAAAAAGACUUUUUGAGGCCAAGGAGAAGGAACGGGUCUAUGAGUUUCUCAUGGGACUUGAUGAAAUUUUUGGGACUAUUAAAACACAAAUACUGAGCACGAAGCCCAUGCCAUCCCUCAGCACUACCUAUCAUCUCGUUGCUGAAGAUGAACAACAACCUCAGUUGAAUACCGAGAAAAGCCAAAACAAAAAGAAAAACCGAGAAAGCUUGAAGUGCAAACAUUAUGGAAAAACCGGUCACACCAUUGAUGGGUGUUUUGAGAAAAUCGGUUAUCCGGAGUGGUGGGAAACACGUCAACGAAAGGCAAAUGGAGACCAACGAAAGCAGGCGAAGCCAAAGCCAAAGGCAGCAAAUGUUGAAGUUGAUUCCAGUCCAAUACCAGGGUUAGCCUUGGAACAAUACACCAAGUUGAUAAAGCAGCUAAGUGAGACACAAAAACCUGAGAUUAACAUGGCUGGUAAGCGCAUUUUCAACAUUCCUUGGGUGAUCGAUUCAGAAGCCACAAAGCAUGUUGCUUGUAAUAAUGAUGUUCUUUUCAAUUUAAGACAUUCAAAAGAUGAUGUGCCAGUUAGAAUACCAAACAGUGAUAGAGUUCCUGUUCAAGGAGUUGGGAAUGCUAACCUUCCAAAUAACAUCAAAUAA